UUUCACAAGCAGGUAAAUCGAUUUACCUUUUUCUGUGCCAUGGAAAGCCUGAUGACCUUGGAGAGUUUCGUGCAGAGAAACUUUUCCCCUGCUCUGGAUGCCUGUUGCAAGGAUUCGGCUGGCAAUGCCAGCAGCAUCUCACCGCCACCACUGUACAACAGGCAGAUCCGCCUCACCUCCAUGGCUCUGAUUUUCGCCCUGGCUCUGGUGGGCAAUCUGGCUGUGCUCCACAGGAUCUGCUGCAGCAAACGCAAGAGACGAAAGAUCGAUUUCCUCAUCACUAACCUGGCAGUGGCGGACCUCUGCGUCUCUGUCAUGACUCUGCUCUCCCAGAUCAUCUGGGAGGCGCUGGAGGACAGCUGGUUGGCUGGAAACCUGGCCUGCAGGUGCUUCAAAGUUUUCCAAGUCUUUGGACUCAUUGCUUCUUCCAGCAUCAUAGCGAUUAUCGCUUUGGAAAGACACCAUGUGAUAGUUAACCCCCUGCACUCCCCCCUACCUACCAAGACCUUAGCUGCCACAGCCUGGAUCUGCGCCUUUAUGCUUUCCAUCCCUCAAGCCUUCGUCUUCAAAGUGACAGUAAACGAGGAAGGAGAGAAAUGCCUGAACACGUUCGGGCAGCUGCCCAGGUGGCAUUUCCAGAUGUACAUCAUAUACGGCGCCAUCACAGUCUUCUUCAUUCCCUUUUGCAUCCUGUGUGUCGCCUACACCAGGAUCCUCUGGACCAUCUGGAGGAAAGAGCGGCACAUGGAAAGUUUCAAAGCCACGAAAAACGUGGACCCAAAGCAACAGAGGAGACCCAUCCGCAUCAUCGCUGCCAACAGCUCCAUUCCCAGAGCGAGAGUGAAGACGCUGAAGAUGACACUGGUGAUUAUUAUGCUCUUUACUGUCUGCGGUUUGCCCUACUUUAUCAUAGAAAUGAAAGUGGCUUUCGGGAGCUUCACUGAAGCUGACGCCCAGUUGCUCGCGGUGUUGGGCAUCUUCGUGGUGUCCAACAGCGCCGUCAACCCUUACGUCUACUUGUUCUUCAAGACCAAUAACAUCUACAUGAGGCGCCUGGAGAAGAGCGCCUGUUUCUCCUGUCUGAGGGAUUACAGGGAGAACACAUUCCGCAGGGAGCCGUGUGCCUAUCCCGCCGGGAAGCGCGGGGAACACUCCAGCACCACCACCUCAGACAUCAUCCACUCGGUGUCCUUUUACAAAUCUCCAUCUCCUACCAACGAGACGGGGUCUUGUGACAGCUCCAUCUGACCAGCACUCACUCACACACUCACACUCACUCACUCACACACU